GUGAAGAAAUUUUAACCCAUCACUCUUACUUUCAAUUUUUGUAAAGCCAUCUAUCUUCUUUCUCUACUCGCCAGCUAUACCAGGACCCGAGUCACAAACCAAGAGUCGCCACCCCGCAGCUUCAUAUAUUGGUGGGAGUGAUCCCAGAAUGUCUUCGCCAAACCGGCUGGAACGCGCUGUGUCAAUCGUGUCUGACCCGUUUUCCGAUCCCGAUGUGUAUUAUGGCGGGGACAAUGCCUUCAAGGGCCAUGGCCACCGACGCACUUUUUCUGCUGAUAUGAGAUCAGUGAAUCGGCAGGAUAUCAAAGAAUUCCUGGGAAAGAUACCAGCGCGAAGAGGGAGCCAUGAUGAACUCUCUCCGACCCCCCGCAAAUUCCUUAUCGAUGUCGACGCCACAAUCGCUGCUCUCCUGGAGAGAGAAGAUACCGACCGGGACAUGGAAAUCACAAUCGAGGAUGUCGGGCCGAAGACCCUGCCACUGGGUACGGCGGCGUCGUACGGUUACAAUAAAUUCGACGUUCGUGGGACGUACAUGUUAUCGAAUCUCCUUCAAGAAUUGACGGUUGCGCAAGGGUUUGGCCGGAAGAAAAUUAUCCUCGAUGAACAGCGGUUGAGUGAAAAUCCGGUGAACCGGCUGUCGCGGUUUAUUAAGAAAAUCUUUUGGAAUGCGUUGACGCGCAGGAUUGAUGGUUCUAAUAUCGCCGUCGCGGGCUUGGAUCCAAAGGACUGGACUGGUGAUCCGCGACCUCGAAUAUACGUGCCUCCUGGUGCACCGGAACAGUUGGAAUACUACAAUCGGAUUGCCGAAGAACAACCUGAAAUACGGUUGGAAGUUAUCAAGUUGGAGGUACCGAUCACCCCCGAGUACGCAAAGAGUUUGAACGCCAAACCGGGUCUUUUGGCAGUUGCGAUGGAAGAGUUCACCGAUUCGGAAGGGAAGAAAGACCUAAGAGGUGUUCCUUUCGUGGUUCCUGGUGGUCGAUUCAAUGAGCUUUAUGGCUGGGAUAGCUACAUGGAAUCGAUUGGAUUAAUUGCCAGUGACAGAGUUGACCUUGCAAAGGCCAUGGUGACGAAUUUCUGCUUUUGCAUUAAGCACUACGGCAUGAUUCUUAAUGCUACCCGGACAUACUACCUCUUGCGCUCUCAGCCUCCUUUUCUCACGGACAUGGCUUUGCGAGUGUACGACAAGAUCAAGGGCGAACCAGGCGCGUUGGAUUUUCUUCGCGAUGCUAUACUUGCUGCCAUCAAAGAAUAUUAUAGCGUCUGGACUGCGGCACCACGGUACGACCCAGUCACAGGCCUCUCACGCUAUCAUCCAGAAGGGCUGGGGGUUCCUCCGGAGACUGAAGCUUCCCACUUUCUACAUCUUUUAACCCCUUAUGCGGAGAAGCAUGGUAUGAGCUUUGAAGAGUUUGUCACAGCUUACAACGACGGUGUGGUCAAGGAGCCCUACCUGGAUGAGUAUUUCGUGCAUGAUCGCGCCGUGCGCGAGUCCGGGCACGACACAUCAUAUCGACUCGAAAGGAUUUGCGCAAACCUGGCAACUAUUGACCUGAACUCUUUACUAUACAAAUACGAAGUGGACAUCUCACGGGCAAUUCGCACUUUUUUCCAGGACAGACUGACCAUUCCACAAGAAUUCCGCACUCCUCAAUCCGAGAAAAUAGAAUUUGAGACCUCAUCCGUAUGGGACCGCCGCGCCAGAAAGAGGAAAGCUACUAUUGACAAACUCCUCUGGGAUGACGAAAAGGGCAUGUAUAUGGACUACGAUUUAGUACUGCAAGAGCGCAAACCCUACGAAAGCGCCACGACGUUCUGGGCCAUGUGGGCUGGCAUAGCUACACCUGAACAGGCUUCGAAACUAGUCAAGCACGCUCUCCCCAAGCUUGAGGAAUAUGGCGGCCUUGUCUCCGGAACUGAAGAAUCGCGUGGCGAGAUCAGUCUGAUUCGCCCUAACCGUCAAUGGGACUAUCCGUACGGCUGGGCUCCCCAGCAAAUGCUUGCAUGGACGGGGCUCUUGCGGUACGGGUAUCAAGAUGAGGCUGAACGGCUGGCGUAUAAGUGGCUGUACAUGAUCACCAAGGCUUUUGUUGAUUUUAAUGGUAUCGUUGUGGAAAAGUACGACGUAACUCGUCCUAUCGACCCUCAUCGCGUUGAGGCGGAGUAUGGGAACCAGGGUUCAAGCAAGACUGGAUUCGGCUGGGUCAAUGCCAGCUUCGUGUACGGCCUUGACAUCCUCAAUGCGCAUCAGAGACGGGCGCUGGGCGCAGUCACUCCUUAUGAGACGUUCAGCAAAGCUGUCAACCAACAGUAUCCAUACUAAACGGGUUUUUCAUACCAUCUCGUCAUAUUACGCCAACAUUUAGCGAAGUCCAGGUGAUUCUAAUUACAGCAGGAUAUAUUAGAGAGAACUCGGCGAGGUCCUAUGAGUAACGUCAUUUCAUUCCUUUCCACUUUCCAUCGUUAUGGAUGUCUUGCAAGCUGUUAUGAUUGAUCAUGAGUCACGUGGGUAUGGGGUUUUCAGACGGGCAUUUAUAUUAUUUAUCUGGUUAUUAACGUGAGGUCUUUAUUUCGGGAUGUUGUGCAAGGUCUCAAAACGCUUUAGAGAAGUCUAGCCCAUUAAAUAAUAUCAAAUUCAAUAUCAAAUCAAUUCCGCCUCGGUCAAGUUCCGUCUGUUAGCAACACCAUGAUUCGCCC